AUGAUUUUUCCACUCACUUACCGGAGACCACUGUCCAGUAGAUCACUUCCCGCAUCUGAGCAUAGCAACGAUGAGAAGAAGAAAUCGCUUGACGAGUCCAUCACUGGGGGAUCGCAGCACUCUGGCAUAUCCAACGGAAUUCCAGACGCGCUGUCAUUCGAUCGGAUCGUUGCCGGCGGCACAUGUCCCCCCUGCACCCUCCGUGAAUUCUUGAACUACCUGAAGUACAUUGAGCUGUCGGCGGAAAAUCUCCAGUUCUAUUUGUGGUUCCACGACUACGUCAAGCGUUUCGAGGCCCUUUCGCAGAGCGAAAAAGCCCUCUCGCCGGAGUGGACUUCGGAGCAAGCAGAGUCCGAGGCACAUGCAGCAAAACCGAGCAACCGGAAAUCUAGCCCUGGGACGGCUGCGGUGUUCAAGGGGACAACCUUCUCGGAUGCUCCCCAGCCUGCAGACGGCGACCGAGCCAACCCGUUCUGGGAUCAAGUUGGGUGCACGCCAUCUGAACACAGCGGCAAUGAUACCAUGGACGCUUUCUCGGAGCACAGCUCGACGGACUGGCAAAACUCGCUGACCAACUCCACCGUCAACCACUCUGAGGCGGCCAAAGAUGCGUUUGAGUCCGCAGGCGAGAAGUUUCAGCCAUUCACUAUCCAGCCGUUCCGCGAGGAGAUGUCGCGUAUUGUUACCAUCUAUAUUGCCGACGGCGGGGCGCGGCAGCUCAACCUCUCGUCGCGCGAGCGCAACUCCCUCCUGCGCGCUCUCGCUCAGACGACGCACCACUCGGCUUUUCGUGAGGUCAUGACCAGCGUUGAAUGGUCUCUUCGCUGCCAGGCCCACCCGCACUUCAUCCGCUGGACCAUCUGCAAUGGCAAUCGCCCACGCGUGAUGUUUGCACGCGGUCUUGGUGUCUUCGCCAUCCUUGGCGGUAUCAUAAUGGGGAUUCUCAUGACUUUGAGCAGCAUACCCCGUGGCUUGCGUGCGCUUUCGGCCAUACCACUGAUCAUCGGCAUCUCGACGCUGAUCGCAGCGUACAAGGGGAUGUGUGUUGUGCUGCACGGGAUGCACCAUCGACAUGUACGUCCAUGGGAGCUCUUUACCUCUGAGGACGAGCCAGCAGUAUACUCGGAGAAAGAAGGGACUCGGAACAGCUACGAGGACGAGCCGUGGGUGGCCAAAUACGAGCAACGCAACAUUGUCCGCAAGAUAUUUGACCGUGAAGUAUGGAUUGAGGAGCCAGCCAUGCGGCAGAUCCAGGACACGAUAUUCGUGCAGAGUUUGAUUGGAGCAGUCGUUGUCAGUGGCAUUGUAGCUGCAAUCUUCGUUGUUGUGCCCAAAGGCGGCUUCAUUUGA